GGAGUCUAGGGGCGUGGGACACAGACAAAGAACAGACACACACACUAACACGAGGAGGGAGCAGAGGACUUUUCUGUACACACAGUGGAUAUUACACUUGUGGAAUAUAAUUCAUACUUGGAGCUUUGCUGGAGGAGGUCUGUGUGUUAGUGUGUAGUAUAGUGUGCCUACAUUAGUGUGUUUUGUAUGAGUGAAUGUGAGAGCAUGUGUGAGUGUGUUCUGUUGUGUGUGUAACAGCCCGGCCCUGGAUGGAAAGGGUUGUCGCUGGCUACUCCGAGGUCUUAGCUCCCAGCCAUGGGGGGCUGCCAGAGUCACCCCUCUGCUGCGGAUACACAAAUAGUACCCCAGCCCUCUGACGUCAACAAACUGGGAGAUAAUAACAAUGAGCGGGUGUUGGAGGAGCGUCCCUAUCUGCAGCAGCAGUAUGUCUCUGAGAGGAUCACACACACUGACAUGACCGCCCUCACCACCCUGCCACCCGGACUGGACCAGGCUGAGUGGCUCGCCAGCAACACGGUAGCGUUCUUUAAGCAUAUUAACCUGUUCUCCAGUGCCCUUUCUGAGUUAUGUACUCCUACCACCUGUCCUACAGCCUGCGGACCAGAUAACACAGUGUAUACAUGGAAAGACGAUCAGGGGAAGAAGUUGAGGUGUUCCGCUCCUCUCUACUUUGACUACACCAUGUCCUACAUCCAAGACCUACUGACAGAUGAAGACGUCUUCCCCACCAGAGCAGGGUCAGUGUUCCCAGCAGGCUUUGUGUUCUUGGUCAAGAAGGUGUUUCUGCUGUUGUUCCGUGUUCUGGCUCAUAUCUACUGGAGACACUACAGAGAGGCCCUGGUUCUGGGACUACACCCCCACCUCAACACGUUGUUCAUACACCUCACACACUUCAGCCUUCAACACGACCUGUUGGAAGCAGAACACACACAACCUCUACAGGACCUGAUCAUUGCUCUGGGACAGCACAGCCUCACCUGACACACACACACAAAUGUACCUUCACAGAUGUACACACACGCAUGUAUGUACACAUGCGCACACACACACACACACACACACACACACACACACACACACACACACACACACACACACACACACACACACACACUCAAUGAAUUUAGAGAGACAGACUCAGCGACUCUGUUGUAUAAACUGUGAGUUAACCUUUUAAUGCAGUGGGCUAAAUCAGGGUCACUUGGUAGUCUUAAGAAAAUCUACUUUGAAACAGAAGUAUACAACUCACACAUGGGCUUAAUAAAGAAGACACCUGUACUAUGUCAGAUAUAGAGUUGAAAUGUAUUCCAUUUUGAGUUUACAUCCCAAUAGACUUUAUAUACUGUACAUCUCAGAAGACUGAAAUAUAACGAAACUGUGUGACGUAGAAACACAAGAUUUUCUGAUUUAAAAAAAAUGAUGUUUAUUAAUUCUAAAAAAACAUAUGAAUAACAUUCUACCAACGAGGCCACUAGGUUGUUUGACUGCAGGAAAGGGUUACGUAAGAAGAGGAUGUGUAUUGCUCUUUAUGCUUUUGCAUGUGAUAUGUAUAAUAGAUAAUAUAUGUUAUGAAGAUGUUCUUGUAUGUUAUUAAAUUGAGGUCAAAUGAA